AUUGCCUGUGCUACUCAGAGAAGCUGAAGGGAAGAGGAAACCCACCUAGCUGAUGUUAUUCCAGGGCUGAAAGGAGAAUAAUACACAAAGGAAUCUUGCCUGAAGAGAUGAACCCUGCACGUGACUAUUAGACGAGUUAUGUGUGCAAGAAGAGAAAAAUGAAGAUAGAACAGUUUGAAAUGGUCACCAUGCUGCUGGCAGCCAUGAUUCUAAUGGACACCUUCCAGGUGAAGGCUGAAAUGUUAGACAUGGCAGAUAACACAUUCGACGAUGAAUACUUGAAAUGUUCCAACAGGAUGGAAAUGAAAUAUAUGCCCCAGCUGCUUGAGGAGGAAAAGGCAAGCCAUAAGCUCUUAGAGACUGUGUGGCAAAAUGCCAAAAGCAAGUGGGAAGCCCGGAAGGCUCAGAUUUUUCUCCCUGUGAACUUUAAGGAUAACCAUGGAAUAGCCCUGAUGGCAUAUGUUUCUGAAGCUCAGCAGCAAACUCCCUUUUACCACCUGUUCAACAAAGCUGUGAAGAUGGCUGGCCAAUCUCGAAAAGAUUACAUCUAUGACUUCCAAUUCAAAGCUUUUCAUUUCUACCUGGUGAGAGCCCUGCAGUUGCUGCGAAGACCUUGCAAGGACAGUUACAAAAAAGCAAUGUACAGCACAAGCCAGAACAUUUCGUUUGCAUUUGGAGGGCUCAACCAAGCCAGGCUGGGCAACUUCACACUGGCAUAUUCAACCAGACCUCAGGCAGCUGGUGACCAGCAAGUCUUAACCAUCUACUCCUGUUUUGGCAUUGCUAUUGAAAAGUUUUUUGAUAAAGAAAGUGACAGGAUUAUUUUAAUACCUUUGAGUGAGAUUUUUCAAGUGUCACAGGAAGGAGACGGCAAUGACCUUGUCCUUCAGAGCACAAACAAGACCUGCAGCCACUAUGCGUGUGCAUUUCUAGGGGGACUAAAAACUGAAACUUGUGUCGAGAACUUUGGUGAGGAAAACCAGAAGCUUAAAGACUCAGGAGGAAAAAGCCUUGAGUCCACUGAAGUACCUGGAAUUAAAGUGGCACAGCCAGCUGAAAAACCUGCACAGCCAGCUGAAAAACCUGCUCCGGGUCCAGUUCCUGUUCCGGGUCCCAAAACCCAUCCUUCUGCAUCCUCUGGCCACAUGCUCCUUCCACCACUUGGGAUACUUGCCAUUCUAAUCAGUGCUUCUGCUGUAAAUCUGUUGCUCUUUGGUCUUUUAGAUUGCUGUAAUAAUGGAAUACCCCAGACCAGGCGACUUACAAACUGCACUUUUCUCAUCUUUGGAGACAAGGAAGUCAAAGGUAAAAGUGCUGCUGCAGACUUGGUAACUGAGAGGUCCCCCUCCAUCCUGAAGGGCCAAGAGAAGGACACUAACCCAGUUGCCAGUGGUUUCCCCUCAUGA